AUGAAGAGUUCUGCGCGUCUGGAGCCAGUCAUAACAAUUCAUGAGCCGACCUGGUCGGACUCGCCAUUAUUUGUCAAGACUUUCUCCUGGCUUGGGUUUUCGCCUCCAGUCAUUGGCUUUGGGCGGCCAGGUUCUGCCAUAGUCCUUCACCACUCUAUCGAAACAGAAGCAGUUUUGUCAUCGCACAGUCUGACUUGGGCCAGUUUGCUGCCAUCGGUGAACUUUGCGAAUGUAGAGCUGUCCCUUUCUUUGCGGUCGUUUUUGCGAGUAGAUUUGAUGCCAUCCUCGUUGCGUGUGCAGCUGGAGAUGUCCUCUCUAGUGUCGUCAGCCGAGUGCAAUGUGCAAUGCAUAAAGUUGGAAGAUGUUGGAAGUUUCAUGAAGUUUCAACAGAUCUCAGAAGAUCUCAUAAGAGUAGCGGAGCAGUCCAGCUUGGCCCAGGGCGAAAUCAAGAGGCUGCACAGAGUCUUAUCGUCGUGCAAAUUUAUCAAGAAAAGAGCGCGGAAAGUGCGGAAGCCUAAGAAGACUACUCCAUCAGCUACAGAAGGAGAUCCUGGUCGGCGAGGAUUUCAUGCCCAGCCUGGGCGGCUCCUAAAGCAGAUUGAUGAUGCCUGCAGAUGCAAAGCGGAUAUCUUGCUUGUGCCCUUGGCUGGCGUAGGAAUUGGAGAGAGAGAAGUUGUGUCCAGCAGCAUGAGCAUAGAAGCUGUACCAGGGUUGCCACUGCCUCCGGUCCUCAAUUGCGCCCUUGCAACCUCUCAAGACAAGCAGCAGACAGUCUUGACGCUUCGUCGGAUGCGCCUUGAGUGCCUGGAUCAGUCGCUGGUUUUGGAGGUUGGUGAGGGAACCUGUUGUGAACUAUACGACUGUUAUGUACUUGGUGGCAUUAAACUUUGCAAAGGUGCCAGUGCCAAGCUGGUUCGAACGUGCAUCAGAGGUGCUGGAGCUGGUAUAUCAGGGCGAGCCUUCCACUCCCUUUCCAUGCUCUCAUGCACCAUAGCGGGUUGUGCGGCUGAUGGGCUCCUUCUGCGACAUGGACAGGCAGAUAUUGUGGACUGCACGAUCUUGAAUUCAGGCCAAAGUGGCAUUGUCUUUGGACCAGGGCAGUGGCAGUUGACCGGUUGCACUGUGACUGGGAGUAGCCAAUAUGGAGUUUGGGCUGAAGCAGAUGCAGUGGUGUCGUGCAGAGAGAACAUCGUUGCUCGCAAUGCGCUUGGCAACCGUGGUGGGCAAGGAGAAGCUAAGAACUGGUGCCACGGAUUUGGACUAUUGCCUGGCAGCCAGUGCCGUGUGUGGAACGAACAAAGUGCCAAAUGGGUGCAGGGGAAGGUUGUGGCGGUCGCAGACGAGGUUACCGUGACGGUGAAGAAAGGCGCUGCAAGUCGAAGCAAAGGCAACAACAAGGACGCACCGGCAGAAGCUGAGCUAGUCGACCCGUCAGCUGGUCAAAUUCGAACUGAGCCCUCUGGGCGAGAUAUCCAGGUCCCCUUUGAUGGAGUACUUCCCCCGCGUAGUGGAGGAGAUUCUCCACCAUCCUUCUCUGAGCAGGCGAAAUCGCAACGCAGCUGCAGCGCGUUUCGGCUCUUCCUAGCAGAAGGAGGUGCUGGCCGAAAGGCAUGGCGUUGGUUGCCAUCUGAGUUGAAGGCCCAAUUCCAGGCUCAAUCGAGACGCCGAGAAAGGGCUGUGAAGACUGAAGGUACGAAAGCCCGGGCGAAAGCAGUAGUCGCGUUGAAUCGGCGUACAGCACCAACAUGGCUUGGAAAGUGGAGCUUUGCCACUGGCGUUGGACUUUGCACAGCAGAUGCCUUAGCCGAGAAUGAUCAGAGUGCAAAGCAAAUGCUCUUUGAUUCUUUGGCCUCUGCAGAACUGCCUGGAAGAGCAGGCGUUACAAUAGGAAGCGAUGCGAAGAUCGAGUUUGUCGACCCGACCAUGAAGUGGUGGUCUGCAGGAAACAGCCGGCUCAGCUUGACAUCGGAAGGUGGCAUCAUCCACGGCAUUUGGAGUGCAGAUGCAGAGGGAUACAAUCUUGGAUCCAACGCGUGGUCUGACAGGCGUUUGAAGGCGAACAUCCAGCCCAUAAUGGCAGCCAUUGCAAACCGCACAGUCAAUUCUAGUGUCUCCCUGCUCAACAUGCUCCGGCCCGUGGCAUACAACAUGCAGGGCGAUCCAGCCAGAAUUAGGUUUGGCUUCAUUGCGGACGAGAUGCAGCAAGUCCUGCCAGAAGUUGUCCGGUACACUGGAGCCGGUAAAGACAGUGCCCGAGCAGGCAUCAUGUACCUGGACUUGCUGGCGGUGCUCGCCUGCUCAAUACAGGAGUUGACGCUGGAAAUGAACCGUGUUGUGGAACGACUGUCGGCAGUUGAAGAAAGCCUUUCCAAAUGUGUCAGUGUUCUGAAUCUUCUCCCUUUUUGCCUUCCACGCUGCGAUGAAUUGAGCAGUGUCCCGUGGUGUAAGAACGAUGACAAGCUGAACGAGCAGAAAGAUACUGAGACAGAAGGCGAGGAAAUCGAGGUCAACGAACUCACCCGAGGAGACUCGGAGCCGCAAAGCACGAAAAAGGCCAAAGGUGCCAAAAAGGAGACGAAGGAGACGAAAGAGGAGACAAAAGAAGUCAAAGGAGUCAAAGCUCAGACCACAGAGACGAAGGCGGCAACUGACCUAGACGCAAAAGUUUCCGAAGAAGCAGAGCUCGAGCCAAAGCACGAUGCAGACAUGCCAGUAGACUUUUUGAAAAUGCGCCGCGGCAAGCUGUCUGCAGACCAGGAGGCCAAGUUUCGACAGGGUCUUGCGAACUUGCCACCAGAGUCGAAAAAGGCGCUGCAAGAAUGGGUCAAUAUGACUGAGAAUAGCACGUGGACUUUGCUGGGCUUGAACUGCCUUUUCUUUGUCUUCAUUGCAGGUGUCCUGACACUGGCAGCGGCAGCUAUUGUUGGAGUUUUCCAGAUCAACAUCUUCAAUCCGGAUGUCUGGCGUGAAGGUAUUUCCAAGUUACAGUCCGAAAGUGGGCUCUGGCCAAAGGUAGCACCAGCUCCACGAGCGCGUGAGAUUGCCCAUGAUCGACACAUCGAUCUUGCAGAAUUAUAG